UUUUUUUUUUUUUAAUUUAUUCCCGAGAUCGCGACAUGAAAACGUGACUUUAUUUUUUGCAUUAGUCAAUUAGACAUUAGUCAUAACCUUAAAAAUAACAACAAUUAACACAUGUUUAUACAAUUGACAAUAAUAAACUAAUGAUUUGUGAAAAUAAAUAAUAAAAAAAUGUUAAAAACAAAAUUGUUUUAUCGUAAAACAAAAAGUGGCAAUGUUUUUAAGACUGUUAGAGAUCAUUAUUUGAGAGAUGAUAUAUGGUGUGGUUCAUCAGCAUGUGAAUCAUGCAGACACAGCGUCAAAGGAGCUAUUCUUGAUGAUGAAAAUCCUGGUGCACCAAGCUCAUUGAUUAAUGAACCUUACUAUCUCCUUCUUGACACAAAUGUUGUUCUUGAUCAGAUACAUAUACUAGAAGAAAAUGUUUUAUGUAAUGUAAUUAUACUUCAAACAGUUUUAGAAGAAGUUAGACAUAGAAGCUCAAAUGUUUAUAAAAAAUUAAAAGACAUUAUUGUUAAUCCAACUAGACGAUUUUAUAUUUUUAUAAAUGAACAUCAUAAAGAUACAUUUGUUGAACGUGUAUCUGGUGAAAAAGUUAACGAUAGAAAUGACAGAGCAAUUCGUGUUUCAACUGAGUGGUACAAUAAGCAUUUAUUAUCAUCAAAAAAUAAUAUAAAAACAAUUCUUAUAACUGAUGAUGCUGAUAACAAAGCAAUUGCUAUUAAAAAAAAACUAACAUCAUUUACAAUGGAAGAAUAUGUCAAAUCACUUGAUAAUUCAACAGAUUUAAUUGACAAAUUGAGUAAAGUAAAUUAUGAUUUUGGUGGUGACAAGGGUAAGCCAAUAUAUCCAUGUCAUUUAACACCAGCUGAGCUUCAUGAUGCUAUUAAAAAUGGUAAAUUACAACAAGGAACAUUUUUAGCAUCUCGAGAAAAUUUUAUGGAAGGAACUGUUAAUGUAGAUGGCAUGGAAAAACCUAUUUUCGUUCAAACUAUGGAGAAUCUUAAUCGAGCAAUUGAUGGUGAUAUUGUUGCUGUUGAAUUAUUACCAGAGGAAGAAUGGUCAUCACCAAGUGAUGUUGUACUUCAAGAUGAUGAAGAAGAAGAUCCAGGUGAUGUAUUAGAUGAAGCUAAAGAAAUAAUUGCUCAACAACCAGCUAAAAACAUUGAACGUACGCCAACUGGUAAAAUUGUUGGCAUCAUACGUAGAAAAUGGCGACAGUACUGCGGAAUACUACAACCAAGUCUUAUCAAAGAACAUACGAGACAUUUAUUUGUGCCAGCUGAGAGAAAAAUUCCAAAAGUUAGAAUUGAAACAAGACAAGCUGAAACAUUGUGUAAACAAAGAAUUAUUGUUGCAAUUGAUUCAUGGCCAAGAUACUCAAGAUAUCCACAAGGACAUUUUGUACGUGCACUUGGUAAUAUUGGUGAUAAAGAGACUGAAAAUGAAGUUUUAUUAUUGGAACAUGAUGUACCACACAGUAGAUUUUCUGAUGAAGUACUCAGUUUUCUUCCUAAAUUACCAUGGAUUAUUACAGAAUCGGAUGUUGCUCAAAGAGAAGAUUUACGUCAUGUUGAUGUGUGCUCUGUUGAUCCACCAGGAUGUACUGAUAUUGAUGAUGCAUUACAUUGUAAAGAUUUGGAAAAUGGUAAUUUAGAAGUGGGCGUACAUAUUGCUGAUGUAUCACAUUUUAUUAGGCCUGGUACUGCAAUUGACAAUGAAGCUGCAUCAAGAGCAACAACAGUCUAUCUUGUUGAUAAACGUAUUGACAUGGUACCAGGAUUACUCAGUUCCAAUUUAUGUUCUCUUCGUGGAAAUGAAGAUCGUUUUGCAUUUUCAUGUAUAUGGGAAGUUGAUCAUGAUGCAAAUAUAAUAAGUUCUAGAUUUACAAAAUCAAUAAUUAGAUCACGUCGUUCAAUGACAUAUGAAGAAGCUCAAUUAAAAAUUGAUGAUCCAUCACAAGAUGAUGCUCUUGCAAAAUCAUUAAGAAAAUUAAAUAUACUUGCUAAAAAAUUAAAAAAACGUCGUCUUGAUAAUGGUGCACUUGUUCUUGCAUCACCAGAAAUACGUUUUCAAGUUGAUAAUGAAACCCAUGAUCCAAUUGAUGUUGAAGCUAAAAAAUUACGUGAUACAAAUUCAAUGGUUGAAGAAUUUAUGUUGUUAGCAAAUAUAUCUGUUGCUGAAAAAAUUGUACAAGAAUUUCCUGAAUGUGCAAUGUUACGUCGUCAUCCUGAGCCACCACAUAUUAAUUUUGAGCCACUUAUUAAAGCUGGUAAACAUCAAGGUUUUGAAAUAAAUAUAUCAUCUGGUAAAGAACUUGCAAAAUCACUUGAAUCAGCAUAUAAAAAUGAUAAUCCAUAUUUUAAUACAAUGCUUAAAAUAUUAGCAACACGUUGUAUGAUGCAAGCUGUUUAUUUUGUAAGUGGUAUGGUACAACCAUCUGAAUUUUUCCAUUAUGGUUUAGCUUGUCCAAUUUAUACACAUUUUACAUCACCAAUUCGUCGUUAUGCUGAUAUUAUUGUCCAUCGUCUUCUUGCUGUUUGUAUUGGUGCUGAUGCAACAUAUCCAGAUUUACUUGAUAAAAAGAAAAAUCAUGCACUUUGUCAUAAUUUAAAUUAUCGUAAUAGAAUGGCACAAUAUGCUGGUAGAGCAUCUGUUGCAUUAAAUACACAUUUAUUCUUUCGUAAUAAAGUACAAAAUGAAGAUGGUUAUAUACUUUUUGUACGUAAAAAUGCACUACAAAUUCUCAUACCAAAAUUUGGUCUUGAAGGUACAUUAUAUCUUAGUAAAAAAGGUGAAAAAUCAGUUGUUAAUUUUAUUCAUAAUGAGGAAGAACAUACACAAACAUAUAAUGACAUUGUAUUCAGAUCAUUUGAUCCAGUUGUUGUACAAUUAAGUCUUGACAGAUCAAAUGUACAACAUGAAAAACUUGUUUUUAAAUUAGUUAAACCAGAAAUACCUGGUUUUAGUGUAUCAUCAUCAUCAUCAGAAAUAAUCAAUGAAAAAAUUGUAGAAGAGCCAAAAAGAAAAGCAUCACCAGAAGAUAUGAUAAUUGAUGCACCAGUUCAAAAAAAAGAACGAAAGAAAAAAAAUAAAAAACAUUAAAUAAUCAUUAUUACAAUUUUAUAAUUAUUUUUCUUUUUUUUUUUUUUCUUUUUACAGUGUUCAUAAAUUUGUAUGUAAAUUUGAUUUUGAAUAAAAAUAACAAUUCAUAAUUUUAUUGUUUUUUUUUUUAAAUUAAAUAAAGACAAAAAAUUUAUUAACAAUUAUA